GACCGUGCGGCUGCCUGCGCCCCACCAUUUGCAGCGCGAUCCGAGAGAAAAGCGGAGCUCGGAGAAGGCAAGUUCACAAUGAUCAUCCCUGUACGAUGCUUCACUUGUGGCAAAGUUGUGGGGAACAAGUGGGAAGCAUACCUGGGCCUCUUGCAGGCCGAAUACACAGAAGGAGAUGCGUUGGAUACCCUUGGGCUGAAGCACUACUGCUGUCGUCAGAUGCUUCUGUCCCACGUGGAUUUGAUUGAGAAGCUGCUGAACUAUGCGCCCUUAGAGAAGUAGCAUUAGUAAAUCUGAACCGAGCCCAAUGGAAAUGGGCUAUAAACAUUUGCAUCCCUUAACUUGUGCUAAAAUGGACGCCUCCUACCAGAUGGCUAAGUUGGGCAGUAGAAAGAGUCUGGUUCAGUGAUAUAUAAUUAAAAAAUAAUACGAUGUACAUGAAAUUGGUCCGUGCUGUGUUCAGCUCGUCAUCGACAGCAGUGCUGUUUUUAAAGAAUCUCAUGGAGAGGACUUCUUAGUCAGCUCUACUCCGUCCUGUUGUUCCUUUGCCACAAUGGGCACCGCCUUUGGCAGAGAGAUCAAAAGCUUACCCUUUCUUUUCUUUGCACCUCUCAUUGUCUGCUCAUAGAGUGAAAGAAUAAAGCAAAUAUAACA